AAUUGCCUUUGUUCUGGGAGGUUGUUUGCUAAUCAAUCGUUCGACAAAAAGAAGUGAUCGUUAUAAAUAAGAGAGGGCACGUGUACGAGUAGAAAUCACGAACGCUCAUUAUUGUAACAGAGGAAGCUAGAGUUACAAACCUAACCAAAGCUCUAUAGCACAAUUUUUGAAAAUAGGCUUAUGCUGGCUUCGAACCGUGGGGCAGAACUAAAACAGAAUAAGAAAUUGAGAGAGAAAGGAAAACAAACAAAAAAGAAUCGCAAGUUUAUUCAAGAACAUUUUACAAAGAUAACUACAUACAGAAAGAUGCUCAGUCUAACAAAAGUCGUUCUCAUGACGUUGGCUCUUAUCCUCGUCGCCAUGGUAACCAUCAGCCACGCCGACUGCUAUUCAACGUGUCAGGGAAACGUCUAUACCCCUUGUUUGUUACGUCAGUGCUCAGUGGGAAGUACUUUAGGGUGUGACAUGAACAUGUGUAGACAGCAGUUUAGAACUUGUUUCACACGCUGUAAGUUUAACACGCGCAGUCUGCCAUCCAACCCUGCCAUCUCAGUCGACGUCGCCCAAGAUGCGGACACAUAUUAAUUACUUAGAAUUACAGAUAGGAAUGACUUGGAAGAAUCGAAAAGUAAUGUAAAAUAAUUAUUCUACCAAUAAAAUAAAGUAGUUUGUGAAAAUU